AUGCUGAUCGCCGAGAGAUUUGGCCUUAACCACGAAACCAAGACCAACGAGGAGGGCCGCUGUGUCCGCAUAUACAAGGGGCUUGCCACUCUCCUGGAGGGUACCGAGGCCAGACGCCGCUCGGUUGCUAGUCCCAAUCCUGCUGGGUUGAGCAAUGGCGGUAUUGGCAGUCAUGCUGGUACUCAGCGGUAUGGAGCGACUGGACGCUCGAGGCCGUCGUCUAUGCUUUAUCCGGAUACGAUGAAUAUGAAUGGAUUCAACUCGCCAUUAGCGUCGCACCAGCAGCAGCGUAUGGGCUCCUUCCAGUCGUCGCAGCAGGGAUAUCAGAAUGAAUUGUCCCGUGUGCGCAGUUACACGCACUCGCAGGGUGUGUCGGCGCACUUCCAGCAGCAUUCUAUGCAGCAACAGCAACAACAGCCUGUGCAGCAGCAGCACCAGCCUAUCCAGCAGGAUAUUGGCUUGCAGCAGCAGCAGCAGGCAUUCCCACGCGCCAACGAUGCCCCAGGUAGGGCCAGCGGCAACUAUGGUGGGUACCCGAGCCGCCUGUACCAGGACUCGGCGGUCGUCCCCUACAGGCACCCGCGCGGCCCCGAGAUGUCGCAGAACUUUGUUGCUCGUCAGCAGAUGCACCAACAGGACGAGCGGCAGAUCCAGCGACAGACGCAGCUCAAGGUUUUGCAGCAGAACCGCCAGCGCCGGCUGUCAUCGACAGCCGAAAACAACAACGACACCCCCAGCACACCAGUGGCAGUUGCGACGGCGGCAGCGGCAGCAGCAGCAGCAGCCUCGCCUGCAGAGUCUUUGUCCUCGUCGACAUUUAAAAUUGAAAAGCCCUUAAGCAAGGCUAUUCCCAUCGUCAGACCUCCUGGCGACAGCGACAGCAAAUACAGGUCCUUGCCCGCAUCGCCAUUGAUUCCAAACUUGGCAGUUGAGCAGACCAAGCAGCAUUAG